AGUUGCGAGCCGACCGCCGCGCCUCGCGUAUCCUUUGCUGCUGCUCAGCUCUUCGUAUACCUACGCGUCAGUGUCGAUCGCAGGACCGUUGCUUCGUCGUUGGUAUCGCAGCCGCUGAUGGCGGGACACCGAGGCUAGGAUCACGUCGUCGCCUCGCAUCGUCAGCGCAGAAUAUACGAUAUACGAUACUCACAACCGGCGGCGGCAGAUCGCUGCAGCGUGUUCUCCUCGCGAGCGCGAGGACAAAGGGCGCCCCCGUACAUACACAGUGCUUGUUUAUUCGCGUAUUUUCUCUCCGUCUCGUGUGCACACGGUGAUAUCCAUGCAGAUUUAGAUACAUCCGUGCGAAGCUGAGAAACAAAAGAGUGCGUGUCGUGCGCGAGAGUAAAUAUACAUGUAUCAGUGAUUGUUGCCGAGAGGGGAGAGGAGGUUGUUCGCAUAGGCGUCCGAGUGACCGACAGUGACGGUUCGAGCGACACGUGUGGAAUUGGUGGUGCCGUUCAGUUGUAUAUACGAGUUUAUCCGUUUGUAGCGGGAAAUCGACUGCAGCUCUGCCCGUCGAGAGAGCGAGAGAGGAAAAGCCGAGGCGAGGAUCGCGGACGUCCUCUGCGGAAUACCGGUGUCUCUCUCUCUCCUACUCCAUCUCGGCGUCGAGCAUAGCAGCCCAGCCGACGACGAACAGCAUGAGGAUGAAGGGGCAGGAGUUGAAGCGCUGACCGGCGGCACGGUUCGCCCACGUGCUGUCCCAGCGGCAGAAGCAGCAGAGCCCCCGAAGAUCCUCAGCAGCGUAGCUAAGCAGCGACGGACCGAGCGAUGGAGCCGGCGGCUGUAAUGCUGCUGCUCAGCUGCUGCCUCGCGGCGAUCGCCCAGGCCUGGCCCAUGGAUCCGCUGCCACGAUUGCACAUCAAACACCGCGAGGUGAUCGGCCAGCGCUUCCUCGGCAACGAGAGCCACGUGGAGCACUUUAAGCUGCUCGAGCGUUCUUCCACUUUUAUCCUGAUUGGCGCAAGGAACGCCAUCUACAACAUAAGCCUGCACGACCUCACGGAGAUAGCGGAUCAGAGGCUACAAUGGGCGAGCAGCGACGCACAUCAGGAGCUGUGCUACCUGAAGGGUGGCGACAAGGACACGUGCCAAAACUACGUGAGGGUCUUCGGGAGACUCGGGCCCGACCGCUUCAUGACCUGCGGCACCAACGCCUACAAGCCGCUCUGCAAGCACUUUCUAAUCCAGAACGGCGAAUACGUGAGCGAGCACGACAACGACGGCCUCGGGCUAUGUCCCUACGACCCGCAGCACAACAGCACCGCCGUUUUUGCCGAUGGCCAGCUGUACGCGGCGACGUUCUCGGAUUCCUCGGGCGGGGAGCCGCUCAUCCAUCGCGAGAAAAUCCGCACGGAGCGCUCGGACCUGAAUCAACUGAACGGUCCGAACUUUGUCAGUUCCUUCACCUACGGUGACUACGUCUACUUCUUCUACCGCGAGACGGCGGUCGAGUACAUGAACUGCGGCAAGGCCGUCUACUCGCGAGUGGCGAGGGUAUGCAAACACGACAAAGGCGGUCCCCAUGCGUUCGGCGAUAGGUGGACGAGCUUCCUGAAAGCCAGGCUCAAUUGCUCGGUGCCCGGUGAUUAUCCGUUCUACUUCAACGAAAUCCAGUCGACGAGCGACGUGACGGAGGGCGUGUACAACGAGUCUCACGCCCAGCUGAUUUACGGCGUCUUCACGACGCCGGUGAACUCGAUCGGCGGCUCGGCCGUUUGCGCCUUCUCCAUGAGCGACGUGCUCCAGGUGUUCCAGGGAGCCUUCAAGGAGCAGGAGACCAUCAACAGCAACUGGCUCCGCGUCCUCACGGAGAAGGUUCCCGAGCCACGGCCCGGCGCCUGCGUCAAUGACUCGCGCACUCUGCCCGACAUCACCGUCAACUUCGUCAAGUCCCAUCCGCUCAUGGACGACGCCGUGCAGACCUUCUUCGGCAUGCCCGUCGUCACCAAAGUCACUUACAACUACCGAUUCACCAAAGUCGCGGUGGAUCCCCAGGUGAAGGCGCUGGAUGGCAAGCUCUACGACGUGCUCUACAUCGGAACUGACGACGGCCGGGUAAUGAAGGCCCUCAACACGAGGAGCCCGGUAUCGAGGAAUGACUCCAAUCAGGUGAUCGUCAGCGACGUUCAGGUUCUCAAAUACGGCCAAGCCGUGAAGGACCUUCAGGUGGUGCACCUGGCGGGGGAGGCGAGCAAGCUCGUCGUGAUAGCUGACUCGGAGAUCCGCGCGGUUCCGCUGCACCACUGCGACUCGCCGCUCGCGGCUUCUUGCGCCAGCUGCAUCGCUCUCCAGGACCCACACUGCGCUUGGGACGCCGCCCACAGCCAGUGCGUCGCCGUGAUGACUCGACUCCACGACAGCGACGCCGACAAGAUGCUCUUCCAGAACAUCAGCAGCGGCAAGCACAAGGGCUGCGGCUACGAGCAAGUGAAUGUUGCUUCAGAGAUGGCAAAGACGGUGCAGCCGAUGGUACCGGCCCACAUCGGCCGCGGCGGCGAACAGCCGGACGAGCGCGACAAUGAGAUCAUCAUCGAGCUGGACCGGGACAAUCAGUACAGUCGCACUCAGCCGCGUGCGAACGAGCCGCAAGGAGUGACAGUGACGCCGGUAGUCUACUCGGCGCAGACCCUGACAGGCGCUCUGAUCGGCACCUGCUUCUUCUCGCUGAUAGCGGGCUUCGCCUCGGGCUUCUGGUUCUCGCAGCGACUGCGCAGCGCUCCGUACCCCGAGCCGCCCGAACAACGCCAACAGCUCAAUCGACUGACUGAGACGACCGAGUCGCCCGGCUUCAACAACAAAUCCAUCAACCUCGUGCUGAACGUGCCUCCGAAGAACCCCAACGGCAAGAACGCCAACUCCUCGGCCGAGAACAAGCCCAUGCAGAAGGUCAAGAAGACUUAUAUUUGAUACAGACGGCGACAGGCCGUCUGAGGUUUGCCCCCCGAACCAGCGCCGGCUUCCAGCUCCCCUGGCUCCGAUGAUAGUCCGUACGGUCGCUGCAAGCCCUCCUCUUCUGCGCCCUGUACGAUUUCCGGCAGCGAGAGCAGCGUCGGCAGCGGUUCCGACAACAACCUAGAGCCCCAGCCAGAGCAGCAGCAUCAAUUGGACCUCGACAAGGAGCAGCGACUCGGCUACCUGCACAACUAUGAAAGCGCCUAUCUGCCCAAGUUCCAGGAAUCCCAGGCCAACAACGAGCAGCAGCUCCUGGACAAGGAGGCCUACCUCGACUACGAGGCCGGUCAGCGCCGCGGCGAGCCCGACGACUUUCUCGAGCUCGACUACGACCGGCUCAACGCGGCCGGUCUUCUCGUCGACGCGCGCGACGACUUCUACGAGCAGCAGUCCCAGCAGUCACUGCCUGCGGAGCAGUACAUGCUACCCACCGAGCAGCAGCAGCAGCAGCAGCAACAACAGUCGUCCAUGUUCAACCCGCAGUUCCUGCCCAACUUCAACGAUAUGAUGAGGCUGGUCGCGCGCUACGAGAGCAGCAACGAGCAGUCCAAGUUCUACCCGAACGAGUCCGACGAGUACCAGGAGAUUGUCGCCGAGAACGAGCGCUUCCCGUACCGACAGCCUCCUCCGCCGCCUCCGCCGCUGAGCCACCAGCACCAAGCCGGCUUCCACAAUCGGUCGAGCCUCGAGCUGGGUCGUAUCGAGCGCGACAGCUACGUGCCGCCGCCUGUCAAGACUCAGACCACCGGCAGGAGAAACAAAUCAAAGUUCAACACGAGAAACGACAUCACCAACUUUCUCUCGUAGAGCAGUGCGAGUAUUUGUUUAAUACAUAUAAUAGCGGCGGAGCAGAGCUUUCGCCCGAUCACGACGGGACGUCGCUCGCUCGGACUUGCUCUGGGCUCGGGACGUCUUCUUGUUUGCUUCUUUUUUUAAUCUUCGAUGGUCUUGUUUUUCCCUUGCUCAAGCGAGGAUGUUGCGUCUGGAAGCCGGCGCGUUUCUGUAAUGUUCGAAUAUUCGAGCGGUAGAGGUAUUUUUGUAACAGUGAUAUCCAAACGCUGCCACUAUUGUCAUUUCUUCCAAUUUUCGAAAUUUGUAAAUUGUAUUUGUUAAACGUUAUUAACGAUGCCACGAUACUCCAGCAGUUGAAACCUCGGGUAUCAAAUACUCGAGCCGACGAGUUGUAUAAGUCAGUAUAAGAAUACGUGCUUCAAUAUUCGAAUAUUUCAAUAUACAAACGAGAUUUUUAUUAUUGAUAUUGCAUUGAAAACGAUUGUGCGCGAGACUUGCGUUUGUGAACUGCGUCACUUUAUCGAUGUACAAAUUACUGAAUAUUAAAGCAUCAAUUUGUAACGCUCGAAAACUGCAAGUUUUUCUCCCGCAGUUCUUUCGACUUACUAAAUGCUCUCUAUUAUAUCAAAACUACGAUGUGAACUCUUCUGACAUACUUGGACGCUUCGAUCUUUGAUUGUUUGCAUGUUCGAUGAAGCGCCAAGCAAAUUGUAAUUCGAUAAAUGAAUAGUCCCAGCCCUUCGCGGUGCAACGUGCUACACUCGCGAAAUGUCGUCGAGGUGCUGACAUCGACCACUCGAAAAAACACUUCCAGUUAAGUGCAUCCGACACUACUCUCCUUUACGGUAUAAAAAUAAGUGAAACACGAGAAUGUCGGACGUUCGCGGAAAGCUGUGCUUGAUACGAGUCGCGAGAAUGAAACAGAGAGAAAGAGAAAGCGAAAUAAAACUUGCGAAAAUAAAUAUAAUGAACGUUUUUACGAGUAAGGAAUCUCUAGAAUAUAAUUUUAUAUUACACGUCGAACGAAUGUAAAAUCUAAACACGAAGUUUCGUCAUUACGCAGUUAAAAAUCAUAUAUACGUAUUAACUAAGGAUGGAAAAAGAAUCUCUAAACCAAGCUUUGACCAGCUUUUUCUGUUAUUAUGCAUAAAGUUAGAUAUCAUUGGUUGAAAAUUUAGGCACAGAAAGAAAACAAAAAACAGCGAGACGGAAAAUGAGCGUGAGAAUAAAAGCGAGCAAGAACGAAAACGAUAGGAUGUUACUAAAAAUGUGAUAAGAUUAGAGGAGUGUGUUCUUAGUAGUGGCCUGUUAGGUGCUUAGAUCCAGAAGAAACAAAAAAUUACCCACGAUAAGGAAAAAAGCGUUGCGUAGAAACUAAGAUUCGCAGUCGCAGUCGAGGCGUGCCUUCCAUAUGUAUUUGUUGGCGUUUUCAUCUAUAAUAUACAUAGAUUAUAAACAAAAUAAUACUAAUAAAAACAAAGAACUAGAAAUGAGAAAAAGCGAUCGUGAGAAUGCAAGUUUGCGAGGGACUUGGGCAAGUGCCUCAUUUUCAUUUUUUAGAGAGUGUUAUAGAGUGAAGAACAAAAAAAAAAUAACAAUAAAGAGUAGAUAAAGUCUGAAGUUGUUAUGCACUAGUGGCCGUUAGAACAACAUGUAAUCGUGGCUAGCAAAAGCAGCUUCGGAUGUAUUUUAUAAAAAAAUAAACUGAAAAGCUGGUGAGCAAAGAAAAAUGUAAAGGGGCAACAGAUAGAGAAAAUGAAUUAUAAUAAUUAUCGAUAUAUUUUUGUUUGCUUGUGAUAUAAUACAAAAUAUGAAAAUCAUGGCGAAAUAUGGAAUAUAUGGAGCAUCAUUGUAUACCGAUGCUAGAACUUUUUCCAUUACAUUGCAGUGGAGCGGGAAUGAAUGAUUUCGUCGAAAAGCGACUUCUCUACUUGCAUGCCAACUUGAAUGUUUUUUUUUUACUUGCGUAGGAGACUGAAAUGAUAGACUACGUUGUCUUUGAAUAAAAUACUCUUGUUAAGCGAUUUAGUGUACGAACAAGUGUGCACACCGUACACACAUAUAUAAAUAUAUAUUUAAGUUGUACAACGAUGAAUUUAAUGCAAAUUUUUGCCCAACGAUGACGAGAACGCAAGUUCCGUUUGUUUUUCUGAUUUCUAUGCCGCAAAUUACGUAUAGCUCGUAAAAAUGAUCAAUCAAUGGAUAUUUUUUUGCAGAAGUUUCCAUACAAUGAUGCGGAAUUCGUUUUAUUUUAAGUAUGAUUUCAAUUACAAUUGACAAAAUGAGCAUUCUAAAACUUUUUUUUGUAAAUAUUUCUUUGUUUGGCUAUUGCUACUCAAGUGCUCAUUUACAGUAAAGCGUACUGUUAAAUUUCUGACUUCUAGUUUUUCUAAUACAUGCAAUAUUUUUACUCAAGCAAAGCAUACACGCACAAGACUAUAAAGACAUUAUACGUCAACCAUGAAUUAGGUAGUCUGCAUUGAACCCGUCAGUUACCUAAAAUACGCAACAAAUAUACUUAAAAUUAAUUGAACGAAUUCCGCAGGGAGGAUCUGUUAAUAACUUCCGAUUGUUUGCAAGAUCCUAUAGGAAACAGGGUGCAUAAAUAAUAAUCACAAGAGCUAUUCUUUUGUUUGUGUCGAUGCGAUCAAAAUUUUAAUAAAAAUCUAUAACGCGCGCGAAAUUAUUAUAUGAAGGCAAGUAAAAAGCAGACAAACUUGUAAAUAGGUAGUGGUAGUCUUGCCGAAAAAGCGAUUUCGAUUGUGCAAAUGAACUUGAUUGUAAUGUUACUUGUUAAACAAAAACUUUAUUGCAAAUGAAGCACCAAUGCGUGCUUUUUUUAAUGAACUGAAAAAUUGUCCUGACGGUUUGCAAUGUUAUUGGCAGUUAUUAGACAGUUCUAAAAAAUUAGAUAUUAGACAAUUUUCAUGGUAAAAUGACUUGGUCGAAAUUUUUAGUAUUAUGAUACCAGAGAUUUUGAAAAUCAUUAAACACAUUUUUAUGGUUUAUGUAUGAAAGUGAUGGGAAAACAAGAAAGAUAUCUUGUGUUAUACAUAUAUAUAUAUAUAUUGAUAUGAUAGUUAUAAAAUCAUAGUUUUUAAUAUAGAACAUUUUAUUAAAUAACUAUUUGGAUAUCAAAUAUCAUUAUGUAUGUACAGCAUAAAUUUGAUUUAAUGCUACUAUUUUUAAAUUGUAUUGUCAUCCAGAUUUAUAUAGCUUACAAUAAUUGAAAUAUGCAAUUUUUUUAUGACAACAUUAAUCAUGACAAUUUUUUGUGCUAGAGCAUAUUGCAAAUUUGUGAUUGAAUUUGUCGAUCAACUUUUUUUAAACAGGUACUUUAUGCAUAUAGUAUUGUAAAGAGAUUCAUUAUGCAACGUCAAGAUUGUACGUGUAAUUUAAUGCACACUACUUGACAAAAAUGCUACAUUCCAGUAAAGCCAGGGCUGCCAACAAUUAUUAUAUACGAUAGAGAUUCGUAAAAAUCUAAUGAAUCAAGUAACAAUAGUAACAUUGUAGAUAAAUAUAUAGUAUAAAUGAAUUAUGUAAUGUAAACAUAAAAUUACUAAUUAUUGUUAAUUUCGUUGGUUAUAAGUAUAUCGCGAUUAUAAAUUGUAUUAUUUGACAUUAAUGCGAAAGACGUAUUUAUAAGUCACGCGUUUUAAUAAAUUUUUUAUAUGAAACUUGUAAAUACUCCUUCAGCUCAUUAAAACGCAUUUUUUAAUUAUAAAAAAGGAUUUAGCAAAUAUAUGCACUCUAAACAAUUUUAUUGUGAAAA